GCGGUGACCAUCUCGACGACCUCUUGCUCCUGGUUCCGAGAUCCCCCCACGUCCUAGUUGCUCCGGCCUCCUUCCUUCCUUCCUGUCGUCGCCAGUGCAGACGCCUGACCUGGGGACCCUCCGCUGUGGCGCACGGUGCGUGGGUUCAUUCCACGGUGUCUCCAAUCAGUUGGCUGCCGAGCGAGCACGAGCCCUCCUCCUCUUCCUCAGGCGGUCGGACGCGGCCUGGAAAAAAAGCUCAGAGAAGUAUGGACAAAGACAGAAAGACGAUGAUAUUGUGUCUGCUUUUAUCAGCUAUUUGCAGCCCUGUGGUUAGUGAGGACUGGAAGGCCACUGUUGUGAAAAGACUUGAUGCCUUGGUUACAUCCUGUGUUGUGGUGCCUUGUUCAUUCAGCCAUCCUAAAGAAAAACUGCCCGCCUCCAGACUUAGAGGGAUCUGGCAUCGGAAAUCUCAAUGGAAUCAAUUAAUCUAUGCCAGUGAUGACACGACGGUCUUAGACAGCUUUAAGGACCGCACACAAAUGUUAGGAAAUUUGGGUCAAGACAACUGCACCUUAGAAAUCACUGAUGUUAAAAAUCAUGACAAUGGUGCUUUCUGUUUCCGGAUUGAACUAGCCCGAACAGAGACUGAUAAAGCCACUAAAGACAAGUUCUCCUUUGUUGAGGAUUGUGUGGAGUUGGAUAUGCUCUCUGAACCUGCAAAGCCUUCACUGGUUCACUCACCGACAGCCACUGAAGGACGUCCCUAUGUUGUGACAUGUACAGUCACCCACACCUGUCCCUCCCAUGUACCUAAAUUCACAUGGAGUAGGAGCAACACAGAUAGACCCACUGAGGUCCACAGAUUAAUUCAUAAUGGCCUUUGGGAGGCACAGUCCAUCCUGACGUUCAUUCCUCAGGCGAUGGAUGAUCACAGUGAGCUCACCUGCACAGCUGUGUUUAAUGGACAGAAGACAACCUCUGCAACACUGAAACUCUUUUUAAAACGCGCAGAAAACUAUAACCACAUCAUCAUUCCUGUUGCGGUGGGAAUUGGUACCGCUGUGAUCUUUGGAGUCCUCUGCAUUUUCAUGGUGAAAAAAUACAAGAAACGUAUUAUAGAGCUCCAAAAUCAGGAAGGCAGCAUGUGGCACCGGCUUUCCAGAAUGUCUCGCAGGUGAGGAAAAUAGGAACAGAAGCUGAAGAAAGGAAGUCAAGAGGCAAAUCAUUUGCUGGAGAGUUGACGCUUGCUUUCAUCUUAUUCACAUACUGGCAUCAGAAAAAUUACAUUACUUUAAUAGUAACAAAAAAAACAACAACACAUAAAACAAGGUAUAAAAUUUCUGUAAACAGCUUGAAUUUUUAGCAGCCUAGUUUCCUGAAAAGCAAAGUUUUGCUUCUUUUGUGCUCUUAACCGUC